UUCUGGAAGAGAGGUGGCGAUUGUGUCCUUUAUUGUUUUGUGGACCGCAAGAAAGUAACAGUCCUUUGUGGCGUGGAUAAACGAAGUCAUUCUUGCUCGCACGCUCGUGUUUUGUGAGAGCUUCUUUCACAAAGAGAAAUGAGCUUUCUGUUCGGGAGUCGCUCGUCGAAGACGUUCAAGCCGAAGAAGAACAUCCCGGAAGGCUCGCACCAGUACGAGCUGCUGAAGCAUGCGGAGGCCACGCUGGGGAGCGGGAACCUGCGCAUGGCCGUCAUGCUGCCGGACGGGGAGGACCUCAACGAGUGGGUGGCAGUCAACACUGUAGAUUUCUUCAACCAGAUCAACAUGCUGUACGGGACCAUCACUGACUUCUGCACAGAGGAGAGCUGUCCUCUCAUGUCAGCAGGACCCAAGUAUGAGUACCAUUGGGCGGAUGGAACCAAUAUAAAAAAGCCAAUCAAAUGUUCAGCACCCAAGUAUAUUGAUUAUUUAAUGACUUGGGUGCAGGACCAGCUGGAUGAUGAGACACUGUUCCCAUCAAAAAUAGGUGUCCCCUUUCCGAAGAACUUUAUGUCGGUGGCCAAGACCAUCUUGAAGCGACUCUUCCGUGUGUACGCCCACAUAUACCACCAACACUUCGACGCCGUCAUCCAGCUGCAGGAGGAGGCUCACCUGAACACGUCCUUCAAGCACUUUAUCUUUUUUGUUCAGGAGUUCAACCUGAUAGACAGAAAAGAACUGGCUCCCCUACAGGAACUGAUCGAGAAGCUGACGUCCAAGGACAGAUAAACAGGAACGACGAAACGUCUCCUCACCCAGCGUCAUGCAACAGAUCUCCUCUGAUUUUCCCCUGUAUUUUCUACGACCCGGCUUUGUUUUGUGUGCUACAGUAUGUGAUAACAUUUAGGGGAACGUCUCUUAGAAUGAUGGGGAUUAGGCAAGCUUUGGUGCAUAGCAGGUCUUGCUUUAGGCAUGUGACUUAAACUCAGUUAUACAGUGGUUGGGUGAAUGGUUCAUUAUUUUUUUUUUGGCGUUGUCCCACUGGCGCCCUACACCCCUCUCAGAGUUAAGAUUCAAGUGCCUAAGAAAGUUCACCUUAAAAUUGUAACAGUACAACUGAGUUAUACACUACCAGUGGCAACUUAAACCCAAGGACUAGACAAACAUUAAGGUUUGCAGUCUUCUUUUAAAGAUAUGCUGUUGUUUAUAUUUCUCCGUUUUUACUUCCCCGGUAUAAGACACUCAAUGAUAAUUUUACUCUUCUGUCUUUUCUCACUACAAUCAAGACACAAAGAUGUUCAAUAAGCAUUUUUUCAAGAAGAUGUCGCCCACUACCUUUAAAUGUACCCUUCGUGAGUGAGGUAGACUAAAAAUAUGAGAGAGUGUGAUGAGAUUUGAUGGAGAGUUUGAUACUGACAGAGGAGUUUGGUAAGUUUUUCAGAAAAGCACAGCUCAGUGUUGUACUCUUAUGGUGUGGAUUCACCACUCACUGCUUAAGUCUGUAUUGGCUAUUUUUAACUGUUUGCAUUCUGUAUUUGCAUGGCUUUUUGGCUUUCUUCUGGGGCUUUGCCUGCAUUUCUGAGCUCAUCUGAUUUUAACUAAAUAGAUAAGCCUACAAGUAAAGGUUCACAACAGUGACCCUUUGGAACAGUGCUGGGUUAAAUAGCCAAAUACAGUUGUAUUUCAUUAUAGUUAUUGGUGGUUUCCACACUGCCCAACUGUCGACCAUACGAUUUUCUCUGUACAAGAUGCUUGACCAGCUUUCUACUAUGGUAGAAAUUCAUCUGUCCUCAUGGACUGACCCACACAUGCACCCUGAUAUGGCUUGCACAAUUCAAAAAUUGCAGCAACCAGAAGUGAAAUGCCGCAGGCAAACUAGUUUGGGAGUUGUUUCAGACUUCUAAUACUUUGAUCAGGGCACAGCUGUUUUAUCUUAAUAGUAUAUACACAAAGAAUGACAUAACAAACCAGUUUUUUGCAGACUGCACAUUAUACAUUAAAUUGAGGACAGCUAUGUUUGGGCUGGGAUGUGAAUUGCUGUGGUAUUCAUAUUCUGGUGAUGUGCAGGUCUCUCCAGCCUUAUAGACCGAUGUUUUCCCAGUACUUGUCCUGUAGUACUCUUAUGUGAGCCAAGUCUGAUCUCCUCAGUGGUUUUGGUGGAGCUGUUUUUUUCUCUGCUUCUGCAUUUGACAUUGCUUUAGUUAUUUCAUUUAAGACCCUGUGUAGUGCAAUACAAUUAGUAUUGAAUUGAAGCACAAUUAGUUAAGUGAGACAGGGUCUAUGUUGAACACUGGGCCUUCAGUGAACUGAAUCAUUCUUUUUUCUUAAAUUUAGUAUAACCUUGUUGGGAGAAAUACCUCUGCGUUUGGUUUCUGUUCAUUAGUGGAUGCUGAAAAGCCAUAACAGAUAAAUUGUUCAUCAGUUGUUCAUAACUAAUAUGUCUGUGUCAUCGGUCGAGAGCAGAUCUAACAACUUGUUUUCCAUUCAUUUUUGUGUCUAUGCAUCAGGGUACUUUUUUAUUGGAUUCAGUAUUUGCUGUGAACUGUAUUGUUCGAAUAUUAUUAAAACAAAAGCACUUCCAGCAUUUGUCUUUAAAGACUUCAAGUGUAUAUUCCUGAAUGGGUGUCAGAUAUUAAUCGACACCACCAAAUUAUUUAGGGCUAAUUUGGAUUUAAAACAAACGAAUGGGGAAAAAAACCCGGAUUACAUAGAGAUACAUGAGGGACAGACUCUGGGGGGAAAAACUGCUGUAGGCUGGCACUGGUCUAGUAGACUGUCCAUCUUAAUCUAUUAAAAUACUGUCCCAUGGCAGUGUAAGCACAGUGCAGUCACUGAUAGUGAACCAAAGCCCUUAAGGGAAGAGAACAGUUCUGAGGAACUUUUGAAAUUUUGGAAAAAAAAAACUUUGCUUACUAUGCAAUUUCUUCAUAUACUUCUCUGUGGUUUCCAAGGCAUUUCAGUGGCAUCUGAAAACAGUAUAUACCCUUGACCACUGGCUACAGCUGGCUUAUAUGUCAAGUUACAGUCCCAUAAACGUGACUGAAUCUGGUUAUUCUCAUGAUUUCAGGAACAAUAAACCAUGAUCUCACAGCAAUGUCAUACUGUGUGCAAGAAGACCAUUAUUAUCUUGCAUUUGUUUUAAAAAUAAUGGCAGAACUAGUGGAGGUUUAAGUGGUGUAGGCUGGCUGAGGAAGGUUUUCAAAUGUAAAAUGUAUUAUGUUUGAGUAAAGCAUACAUUUAAUAUUUACUGUAUAGUAUGUAGAAGGAUACACUUCUUACAAUGUUUUAUUAACCUAUAUUAUCACUGUUCUUUUAUUCAAGAAACUUUAGAAUUCAGUCCACA